AUGUGUAAAAGAUUUGAAGAUGGGCUGAACGAAGACAUUAAAUUGUUAGUUGGCAUACUUGAGAUAAAAGAGUUCUUAGUACUUGUUGAGCGAGCUUACAAAGCCAAAGAGCUUGGGAAAGAAAAAAGAAAAGCUAACUCUGAAGCUAGAGAUUCACGUAAGAGACCAUUUAGUAAGUCAUUCCAGUCGACAUCAAAAAAGUUCCGAAAUGAUGCUAGCCGUUCAAAGGCUACUACGAGAUUGCAUGAUCGGGCUUACUUUAAAUGUGGAUCGACGGAUCAUUAUAUUUGUGAGUGCCCAGAGUUGGCAGAGCAAAAUUUGAUACAGAAUACGAGAUCGGGUAACACUGCAGCUCGUGGUAAACCACCGAAAAACAUGGAUAAUGUGAGUGGCAGUCAAAGAGGGACCAAAGAUACAGCUGUUAGAUCCGAGGCUCGUGCACCUGCCAAAGCCUAUGCUAUUCGUGUACAUGAGGACGUCUUAUCCCUAGAUGUUAUUACUGGUAUUUUCACUAUCUAUGACACUAGUGUUGUUGCAUUGAUUGAUCCUGGUUUGACUCAUUCUUAUAAUGAUGAGAUUAUUCGGAUUGAAUCUAAUAAUCUGAAAUGGUUCACCAGCAGUGAUAUCUUCGAUGUUAGCUUAGAAAUACAAUUACCGGGUUUGCCACCUAUUCAAGAAGUUGAAUUUGGUAUUGAAUUAGUGUUGGGGACGACUCCGGUAUUGAUAGCUUCAUACAGAAUGGCACCUACGGAAUUAAAAGAAUUGAAAGCUCAGCUGCAAGAGUUGACAGAUAGAGCAUCGGGUAUUCAAGUUGAUCCGAGUAAGUUUCACCUAUACUGGAUUGGAAACCUCCGAAAAAUAUAUCUGAGGUUCAAAGCUUUCUGGGACUCACUGGAAGGUAAAGUCAUAGCUUAUGCCUCGAGACAGUUAAAGCCGCAUGAAAAGAAUUAUUCGACGCACGAUCUGGAAUUGGCAGCUAUUGUGUUUGCAUUGAAGAUAUGGCGCCACUACCUGUUCGAGUUGUUAAAAGACUACGAACUUGUAAUUGACUAUCAUCCGGAAGAGGCUAAUGUUGUUGCUGAUGCUUUAAGUCAAAAAUCAUUGUUUGCUUUACAAGUAAUGAAUGCGCAUAUGACUAUGUCUAAUGAGGGUUCGAUAAUACCUGAAUUAAAAGCAAGAUCGUUAUUUGUUCAACAAAUUUGUGAUGCUCAGAAAGUUGAUAAUGAUUUGUUAACAAAGCGAGCUCAAUGUGAAUUGAGUGUUGAAAUAGAGUUUCGAGUUGAUACCAAUGAUUGUUUGAGGUUUCAAAACCGAAUAUGUGUUCCGACGAAUUCAGAGUUGAUUCAGAUGAUUUGGAACGAAGCUCAUAGCAGUCGGUUAUUUGUUCACCUAGGUAGUACAAAAAUGUAUAAUGAUCUAAAACAGCUUUACUGGUGGUAUGGUAUGAAACGAGACAUUUCUGAAUUUUUUUCGAAAUAUUUAGUCUGUCAACAAGUAAAAGCCAAGCACCAGGUACCUUCUGGGUUACUUCAGCUGAUUAUGAUACCCAAGUUGAAGUGGGAUAGAGUUACGGUGGAUUUUGUAUCUGGUUUACCGUUGACACCGAACAAGAAAGAUGCAAUAUGGGUUAUUGUGGAUAGAUUGACUAAAUUGAUACCGAUCCGAUCCAAUUCUUCACAUGUGGUCAGUCCGACAGAGAUUGAGAUUAAGUCUGAUAUAACAUAUGAAGAAGAACUGAUUCGUAUUUUGGCUCGUGAGGUUAAAGUAUUGCGAAAUAAGAAAAUUUCGUUAGUUAAAGUACUAUGGCUUAAACACGGAAUUGAGGAAGCAACUUGGGAACCAAAGGAUACAAUGAAAGAGUGUUAUCCGAACCUAUUGAUCGGAAAGAUUUUCGAGGAUGAAAAACCCUAA